AUUAUUUCAGAUGACAUCAUGCAGCAGGUGGAGUGGCUGAAGAAUGAAGAGGUUAUUGAUCCCGUGGAAGACCGAAAUUUUUACAUCACUAUCGAUCACAACCUGAUCAUCAAGCAAGCCCGGCUUUCUGACACAGCCAAUUACACCUGUGUUGCAAAAAACAUUGUGGCCAAAAGGAAAAGCACCACAGCAACUGUGAUUGUCUAUGUGAACGGAGGCUGGUCUACCUGGACUGAGUGGUCAGUGUGUAACAGCCGAUGCGGGAGAGGCUUCCAGAAGCGCACGAGGACCUGCACCAACCCUGCCCCCCUCAACGGUGGUGCCUUCUGCGAGGGCCAGAGCGUUCAGAAAAUAGCUUGCACCACUCUGUGUCCAGUGGAUGGCAAGUGGACGUCCUGGAGCAAGUGGUCCACCUGUGGCACGGAAUGUACUCACUGGCGCCGGAGGGAGUGCACGGCCCCAGUGCCAAAGAACGGAGGGAAGGACUGCGAGGGGCUGGUGCUGCAGUCCAAGAACUGCACCGACGGGCUCUGCAUGCAGGGUUUCAUUUAUCCUAUUUCAACUGAACAGAGAACCCAGAAUGAAUAUGGAUUUUCUUCUGCUCCUGACUCGGAUGACGUUGCUCUCUACGUCGGGAUCGUCAUAGCCGUGAUCGUGUGCCUGGCUAUUUCCGUGGCCGUGGCCCUGUUUGUCUAUCGCAAGAACCAUCGUGACUUUGAGUCAGAUAUCAUUGACUCCUCGGCGCUAAAUGGGGGAUUUCAGCCAGUUAACAUCAAGGCUGCAAGGCAAGACCUCCUGGCAGUGCCUCCAGACCUCACUUCUGCUGCAGCCAUGUACAGGGGUCCUGUUUAUGCCUUGCAUGAUGUCUCUGAUAAAAUCCCAAUGACCAAUUCUCCAAUCCUGGACCCGCUCCCUAACUUGAAGAUCAAGGUUUAUAACACCUCUGGUGCAGUCACUCCCCAGGAUGACCUCUCUGACUUCUCCUCCAAGCUGUCUCCACAGAUUACACAGUCUCUUCUGGAGAAUGAGACCCUAAACAUGAAGAACCAGAGCCUUGCUCGGCAAACUGACCCAUCGUGCACGGCAUUUGGGACCUUCAACUCCUUAGGAGGUCACCUAGUAAUUCCCAAUUCAGGAGUAAGCUUGCUGAUCCCAGCAGGGGCCGUUCCACAAGGGAGAGUCUAUGAAAUGUAUCUGACAGUUCACAGAAAGGAGAACAUGAGGCCGCCUGUAGAAGACAGUCAAACCCUGCUGACACCGGUGGUGAGCUGUGGUCCACCAGGAGCCCUGCUAACCCGGCCUGUCAUUUUAACCAUGCACCACUGUGCAGAACCAAACACAGAGGACUGGCAGAUCCAGCUGAAGCACCAGGCUGCCCAAGGACCAUGGGAGGAUGUGGUGGUGGUUGGGGAAGAAAAUUUCACCACUCCAUGCUAUAUCCAGCUGGACCCAGAGGCCUGCCAUAUCCUGACAGAAACCCUCAGCACGUAUGCCCUGGUAGGACAGUCAAUCACCAAAGCAGCAGCCAAACGUCUCAAACUGGCCAUCUUUGGACCAUUGUCCUGCUCUUCGCUGGAGUACAGCAUCCGGGUCUACUGCCUUGAUGACACACAGGAUGCUCUUAAGGAGGUCCUGCAGCUUGAGCGGCAGAUGGGUGGGCAGCUUUUGGAGGAGCCCAAAGCUUUGCAUUUUAAGGGAAGCACUCACAAUCUCCGUCUGUCCAUUCAUGACAUUGCCCACUCUCUCUGGAAGAGCAAACUGCUGGCUAAAUACCAGGAGAUUCCCUUUUACCACAUCUGGAGUGGAUGUCAGAGAAACCUGCACUGCACCUUCACACUGGAAAGGUUCAGUCUGAAUACCCUGGAGCUGGUGUGCAAACUCUGUGUGCGGCAGGUCGAAGGAGAAGGACAGAUCUUCCAGCUCAACUGCUCUGUUUCAGAGGAACCUACUGGCAUCGAUUAUCCUCCCGUGGACUCAGCGGGCACCAUCACCACCAUAGUAGGGCCCAGCGCUUUCAGCAUCCCCCUCCCGAUAAGGCAAAAGCUGUGCAGCAGCCUGGAUGCACCCCAGACCAGAGGCCACGACUGGAGGAUGCUGGCCCACAAGCUGAAACUGGACAGGUACUUAAAUUAUUUUGCUACAAAAUCGAGUCCCACCGGGGUGAUCCUGGAUCUCUGGGAAGCCCAGAAUUUCCCUGAUGGCAACCUGAGCAUGCUGGCAGCAGUUCUUGAAGAAAUGGGAAGACAUGAAACAGUUGUUUCUUUGGCAGCAGAAGGAAAUUACUAAUUCAGCCUUGGCGUGAACAGGAAGGACAGACGCAGAGAGCGGUAAUGCCCUGUUAUUGCAAACGAGAAUUGAAAUGAAAACCCAGACCAAUGAGUUACACAAGAGACAUUUCAGAGAAGAAAGCAAGCAAGCAAGCAAACAAAAAAACCAGCCCUGACCUUCACACAUGUUCUCCUUGUACAUUAUCACAGGAUCAAAAAGAAAUCAUGCAAAGUUGUACCUUGAAAAUAUAAAUCAACGAAAUGUUCCUCUCGGCUUGGCUGUACACUGCUUGGUACAGGAUUUUACAGUUUCCUAGGAAACGCUUUUUAUUGCUAUCCAGAUAUAUGGAUAAACUUUCUUAACAAUCCCAGUUUCUAUGGAUGUUGUUUACAUCAAAUUCUGGACAGGGGUAAGGAGACUGUCCAUGGCUCUUUAUAUUUUUUGUUUAAAGCCAUUCUAGACAAGGCUAUGGACAGGUGGUUGUGGCUAUUUUUGGUUUCUGGUGAAUUCAGAUUUUGGCUACAAUUCUGCACAUUGGUUGUCUCGCAAUGAUCCUCCUGUCAUGGUUCUGUUUCCUAGACCUACUUGUAAGAAAAAAAAAAAAAAAAAAAAGAAAAUCAGGUUUGAGAGGUGUGCAUCUGGAAAGCAGGUACUCUGGCUGAUAAGCAGGAACACAAGUAAUAUGUUCCCUUCCUUUCCCGAGGCAGCCCCACUAAGCCUGUGUGGAGAACAGCUAUAAGACAGUGGGGAAUGCAGGAUCUGAGUUAGUUUUCAAUUCACACCCUUUCCACCCCUUUUCUAUAUGAGGGGGCCAGAUAUGCAAUUCAGAGUGUUGGGGGGGAGGGAAUAGAAACCCAGAAAAAAAAAUAAAAGAGAAGUUACUAUGAUAAUUUUUUUACUGAUUAGUACUUAGUGCAAGGAUCAUAAUGACUAUUAUUAUUACCAUUAUUACUUUAUUUCUAAUUUUGUCAGCAGCAGAAUGAAUAAUUUCUGAUUUUAUAGAACCUGUUGUCCCUUUCUUGAAGGUCUUCUAAGGCAUGUUCUUCUAUAUGCCAUCUGUCCUUCCCUUUGUCAGCCAUCGUACUCCUCCAAAAAAGUCCUCUGCCAACCCACCCAGGUUGCCCACCUCGCGCUAGCACUGCUGUGCAUCGUGCCAGAUGCAAAGGCAGUAAAAACUGGUGACACUCUGCUGAAGUCACUGAGCUGCACUCACCAGGUAUGUGACCCAGCACCCCUCCCUGGGGUGUUUUACACCACCCUGGUGCUUACAGGUUGCUCCAAGAAGCAGUCUUGUCCCAAGGUGGCUGUGAACCAGAGGCAGCCUCCCGGUCUGAAUAGACAUGGACCACUGAUUCAAGGUCAGAGGUCCUGCAAGCAUGUGGAGGCACCGACAUUGGCCACCUGAUUUGUGUAUCGAGGUUGGGCCUCCAUAUUGUUUGCUUUGUUGUGAAGCGGUCUAAGAGCCAGCAACUCCUGUUCAUUCCCCACAGAGCUGCAGGCACUCACUUUUAUUGAAACCCACCUCCUCUAAUGAUGUUUGCCACGCUUGUGGCAAACCCUCUGCUGGGCCAUUUCUGUGUGAGAUGCACUUGGUGAUCUCCACAGAUACUCCCAGGCUUUGCUGCAGCCUGUGUCUUGUGGGUCAGUGUAGGGCAAUGGAGUGGUAAAGUUGAAAUCCCGUGUACUGCAGUUUGCUGCCUUCACUGUGCUCCUGCCACCACCACUGCCUAGGCAGGGAGGUGCACGUUCUCACCGGCUGAUCAGGAGAUGCUUGUCCCUCUAGGCCACCACAAACAGGUAAAGUGGGAAUUUUGUAAAAGAAGCAAAUCAAAAAU